AUGUCAUCUGAAACAUGGCUAACUUCCUUGAAGUGUUCAUCUUCAAUCAUCCAAUCUUCAGGAAGUUCAUCUACAGUUUCUGUGAUUGUAAAGUGGUUAGAGUUCAUUUUUCUAUCCCCUUGUUCUCAGAGGAUUCUGUUUUCUUCAGUUGAUGUGGUUUUCCUGUUGACUUGCAUAGUAUUAGCAGUCCAGAAGAUAUACUCUAGAUUUCAAGCCAGAAAGAAUUCGAAUUCAAGCUCAAUUCUUGAAAAACCUCUGCUUGAAGCAGAGAGGCCUCAAACAUUUAAGGCCACUUUUUGGUUCAAAUUUACUGUCCUGGUGACGGCUGUAUUGGCUUUAUGUUAUAUUGGUAUCUCGAUUUUAGCCUUUACAAGAGGGAUUCGGUCCGCAUGGAAUUUUGCAGAGGCUUUGUUCAGAUUGUUUCAAGCUUUGAGCCAUCUUGUAGUUUUGAUUCUGAUUGCUCAUGAGAAGAAAUUUAGAGCUGUUUAUCACCCAAUGGUUAUUAGAACAUAUUGGGUGAUGAGCUUGGUUAUUGUGGCUUUGUUUUCUGGUGCUGGAGUUGCUCGUCUGAUAAGUGCGGGUGAUAAUAUUGAUCAAGAUUUGAGGAUUGAUGAUAUUAUUUCCUUGGUUAGUCUACCAUUGUAUGUCUUCCUGUUCAUUGUUGCUAUUCAGGGAUCAUCUGGGAUUAGUAUUGUUCAGGAACAUAAAGAUGGUGCUGAUUCGAUUGUCGAGACAAAUGAAUCUAAUGUCAGUGGUUAUGCCACUGCUUCUCCAAUCUCCAAGGCAAUGUGGCUAUGGAUGAAUCCUUUACUGAGUAAAGGUUCUAAAGCACCUCUAAAGUUAGAUGAAGUCCCUACGCUUCCACCAAUUUACCGAGCUCAAAAAAUGGCGGAACUCUUUGAGACGAAUUGGCGUAAGUCUGGUGAAAAUGUGAAAUACCAUGUACUAAUGACAUUGAUCAGAUGUUUCUGGAAGAACAUUGCUCUGACUGCUUUUCUAGCUAUCGUGCGGUUAGCUGUUAUGUAUGUUGGUCCUGCCCUAAUUCAGAGUUUUGUGAAUUUUGCGUCGGGAGACAGAAGCAACCUUUCUGAGGGAUAUUUUUUGGUAUUGAUUCUCUUGAUUGCCAAACUUGUUGAAGUCCUCAGUUCACAUCAGUUCAAUUUCCAAACUCAGAAACUUGGCAUGCUCAUUAGGUCGACUCUCAUUACCGCCUUGUACAAGAAGGGGCUUAGACUUUCAUUUUCCUCUAGACAAGCUCAUGGUGUCGGACAAAUUGUGAAUUAUAUGGCUGUUGAUUGCCAGCAGCUUUCAGACAUGAUGCCUCAGAUGCAUUCUUUAUGGUUAAUGCCACUGCAGCUUGGAGUUUCUCUGGUCCUUCUUUAUGCUUACAUAGGUGGUGCAAUGUUAGUAUCAGUGUUUGCAAUAGUAUCCGUGAUCGCGCUUACUUUCAUGAUUGCUCGCAAAAACAAUAAGUACCAGUUCAACCUUAUGAUGAACCGUGACUCGAGGAUGAAGACAACCAAUGAAUUGCUCAACAACAUGAGGGUCAUCAAAUUUCAAGCAUGGGAAGAACAUUUCAGUAAGCAAAUCCAAAAUUUUCGCGAAAAGGAAUAUGGGUGGCUCAGCAAGUUUAUGUAUGCAAUUGCUUACAACAUGUCAAUGCUUUGGAGCGUUCCAGUUGUUAUAGCAGCUCUUACAUUUGUCGUUGCGAUUUUCAUGCAUAUUCCACUUGAGGCUGGGACAGUUUUCACAAUAACAACUAUUUUAAAAAUCUUACAGGAGCCUAUUAGAACCUUUCCACAAGCUCUUAUGUCAAUUUCUCAGGCAAUGAUUUCGCUAGAGAGGUUGGAUGGGUAUCUAACCAGUUAUGAGCUAAAAACUAAAACAGUGGAAAGGGAGGAAGGCUGUGGUGAUGGACUAGCAGUGGAAGUUAUAGAUGGUACUUUUUCAUGGGAAGAUGAAGGUGAAGAGCAAGUAUUGAAAGACAUCAAUUUCCAGAUCAAGAAAGGAAAGCUCGCAGCCAUUGUUGGAACUGUUGGAUCAGGGAAAUCCUCUUUACUAGCUGCUAUCCUGGGUGAACUUCACAAAUCUUCUGGGAAGGUCAGAGUUUGCGGAAACACUGCAUAUGUGUCACAAACCUCAUGGAUACAAAAUGCAACUAUCCAAGAAAACAUCUUGUUUGGUUCAAAAAUGGAUAAAAAGAGAUACAGUGAUGUACUUAGAGCUUGUUCAUUGGAGAAAGACUUGGAGAUCUUCGAAUAUGGUGACCAAACUGAGAUUGGAGAACGUGGUAUAAACCUAAGUGGUGGCCAGAAGCAACGCAUACAACUUGCUAGAGCUGUGUAUCAGGAUUGUGAUAUAUAUCUUCUUGAUGAUAUAUUCAGCGCAGUUGAUGCUCACACGGGAACAGAAAUAUUUAAGGAAUGUGUACGAGGAGUCCUGAAAGACAAGACCAUUUUACUUGUAACCCACCAGGUUGACUUCCUGCACAAUGCUGAUCUAAUCAUGGUAAUGCGUGACGGUAAGAUAGUGCAAUCUGGGAAGUAUGAAGAGCUCCUUGAAUCUGGAAUGGAUUUCGGAGCACUUGUAGCUGCUCAUGAAACAUCUGUAGGCAUUGUGGAGAUGAGCACAAAUCAAUAUGAACAACAAUCGAACUCGCCUCGCCCCAUAACACCUAAAUCACCCCAAAAUCUAUCAGGUAAAAGUGAUGCUAAUGGCGAAAGGAGGUCUUUUUCUAAUGGCGAAAGGAGGUCUUUUUCAGAACAGUCGAAUGCUGAUAACGGAAACUCUAAACUCAUUGAAGAUGAGGAGAGGGAAAUUGGACAGGUGAGUUUGGGUGUCUACAAACAGUAUUGCACCCGGGCAUAUGGAUGGUGGGGAAUAGGAGCUGUAGUCAUUUCAUCUUUGAUAUGGCAGUUGUCUCUUAUGGCAAGUGAUUACUGGCUGGCAUUUGAAACUUCAACAGAACGCACUUUUAACCCUUCAUUGUUUAUAGAAGUUUAUGCUAUUAUAGCAGUCAUAUCAUGCAUUCUGGUGGGAGUCAGAAUGUUCCUUCAAACCUUUAUUGGUCUUCAAACAUCUCAGAGUUUUUUUGAUCAAAUGCUUGAAAGUGUCCUUCACGCUCCGAUGUCCUUCUUUGAUACUACUCCAUCUGGAAGAAUAUUGACCAGAGCAUCGAAUGAUCAGUUCAACGUUGAUGUACUGAUCCCUUUGUUCCUGAGUCUCACCAUUGCAAUGUACUUCACAGUCAUUGGCAUAUUGUUCAUUACAAUUCAAUAUGCUUGGCCAACAGCUUUCCUUAUAUUUCCUCUGAUUUGGCUUAACUUUUGGUACCGGAGGUAUUAUCUCUCAACAUCACGUGAAUUGAGCCGUCUGGAUUCAAUUACCAAGGCUCCAAUCAUCCAUCACUUUUCUGAGACUAUUUCUGGUGUUAUGACCAUUCGUGGAUUUGGGAAGCAGGAUAAAUUCUUUCAGGAAAAUUUUGACAGGGUCAAUGCUAAUCUACGAAUGGAUUUUCACAACAAUGCAUCUAAUGAGUGGUUAGGUUUUCGGUUGGAGAUGAUUGGAAGUUUUGUCCUAUGUGCUGCCACGAUGUUCAUGGUCCUCUUGCCUAGUACUAUCAUAAAACCUGAAUAUGUUGGCUUGUCUCUUUCAUAUGGAUUGCCAUUGAAUGGUGUGCUGUUCUGGGCUAUAUACAUGAGCUGUUUCGUGGAGAACCGAAUGGUUUCAGUUGAGAGGAUAAAACAGUUCACCACUAUCCCAUCAGAAGCACCUUGGAGAAAUCCCAACUUCUUACCAUCAUCUGACUGGCCAAAUCAUGGUGAUAUUGCAGUAAGCAACUUACAGGUAAGAUACAGAUGGAAUACUCCUCUAGUUUUAAAAGGAAUAUCACUUAGCAUUCAUGGAGGAGAAAAAAUUGGCGUUGUUGGUCGGACUGGGAGUGGAAAAUCUACACUCAUCCAGGUUUUCUUUAGACUGGUGGAACCUUCAGCUGGGAAGAUUGUUAUCGACGGAAUUGACAUUUCCAAUCUCGGCCUUCAUGACCUGCGAUCCCGGUUUGGAAUCAUUCCUCAAGAACCUGUCCUUUUUGAAGGAACUGUAAGAAGCAAUAUUGACCCCAUUGGUCUUUAUUCAGAUGAUGAAAUAUGGAAGAGUCUCGAACGUUGCCAGCUGAAGGAUGUCGUAGCUGCAAAGCCUGAAAAACUCGAUGCAUCAGUGGCUGAUUGUGGAGACAACUGGAGCGUUGGGCAGAGACAGCUCCUGUGCUUGGGGAGGGUCCUGCUAAAACACAGCAAGAUCUUAUUCAUGGAUGAAGCAACAGCAUCUGUCGAUUCACAAACUGAUGCUGUCAUUCAAAAGAUCAUCCGCGAGGAUUUCGCGGCCUGCACAAUCAUUACAAUAGCUCACAGGAUUCCAACUGUCAUUGAUUGCGACAGGGUUUUAGUUGUCGACGAUGGAUGGGUUAAAGAAUUCGACAAACCAUCCAAGCUGCUUGAGAGACCUUCAUUAUUUGGUGCAUUGGUACAAGAAUACUCCAACAGGUCAUCAGGAUUAUGAAGCAAUCUGCUAUUUUUUAGGUGAAUCACUUGACUUCCUAAACAAGAUCAGAAAAUUGAGUCCAUUCAUCGCCCGCUAUGGCAUUUUUGUCUAUUUAAGAUGGAACAACAAUUAGGGAUAUACUGAUGAUGAAGCUUGGCUUUCAACUGGAAAUGAUGAUGGCGAGGUAAUAAUCCUAAACAAAGGCGCUGAAGUUAACAUCAUCAGUUUUUUCUCAUAUUUUACACCUCAGGAAGGAUAUAGUAGUCUAUAGUUUUCUCUCUCUUUUUUUUUUUUUUCCUUUUGGUGUAAAGGUAACAAUUUGCGAGAUAAAGUUGUAAAACGAUGUAAAUUCCGAUAACAAUUGUUAAAACUUGAUAUUGAUGCCUUUGGUUAUCUAGUGAGGUUUUUGUAUUUAUUUUUUAAACGUCCAAUAGCAUGUUCAUAUGAACCGAAUCUUUACAUUUAUUAAAUGUGUAUCAUUUAAUAAGAC